GGGAUAUUGGAAAUUCCAAAGUGGCCAAUCGAUAGAGCUCGUCGAGAUCUACUUGGACCACUGGUUGGACCACUUGGACCACCUUCUCAAACGAACCUUGGCAGGUUUUAG